AAUAGGGCAAGCAUGAAUUUCUUUUUGAUACAGAUGUUUGUUGCAGUCAUUCUGCCCAUUGAAGAAGGUUGGUGCUCUGAAAUCAUAGGCGGAAGAGUAGCGAAUCCUCACUCAAGACCAUACAUGGCUUUAAUUCAAUCUAAAACUAGCCUAUGUGGUGGGACUUUAAUUAAAACCAACUGGGUGUUGACUACAGCUAGCUGUCAAGUUGACAAGUCAACAACGGUUUACCUUGGUGUCCAUUCGAGAACUGACAAAAGCCAAACACACCAGUUUAAGAUUUCAAGAUCUAUUCCACAUCCCAAGUUCAAUAAUAAUAAACAUGUGAAUGAUAUCCAGCUGUUACAGCUUUCUAAGAAUGCAACUCUAAACAAUGCUGUGAAGAUCCUACCAUUGCCAAUAACAUUUAAAGAAAUUAAAGCAGGGACAAUGUGUGAAACGGCCGGAUGGGGAGCAUACAGCAAUAAAAGCUCCCUUUCUUCAGACAAACUAAUUGAAGUCAAAUUAACAGUGCUGGACAGAAAGACAUGUAAUUCUGCAUUUCAACCUACAUUCAAAGUUACAAGUGACAUGAUGUGCACCUGAGAUCAGCAAGAGAAGGGCCUUUGUUAUGGUGAUGCUGGAGGUCCAUUAAUUUGCAAACGUGUUUUCGCUGGUAUCUCUUCAGUUGGCUCUGUCAUUUGUGGCCUUCCCAAUAUUGCCAAUGUCUAUACUCGUCUUACCAAAGACUAUAUUAAAUGGAUUAAAAAAGAAACUAAAUAGAACACAGAACAAUUUCAGAAAAUUCAUGUUUU